AUACAACGCUGCCGGAGAUCCCGUAGAAGUGAUGCUGGUGGACCUACAAGGCAUGCGUCGAGUGUCCCCCGCCGUCGACCUCAACUACUUCUUGUACUCCAGCUUCAACGGCCCUGACCGCUCUCCGAACGUAGAGCUCUUCCUUGGUGUGUAUUACACCUCCUUCUGCGAAGUCCUAAGAGCUGCGAACACUCCGGUUCCAUUCACCCUUGAAGAGCUGCGUCAGGAGUACCGCCGCAAAAUGGAAUACGGGUGUAUUGCGGGCAUGUUCGUAGUACCCAUCAUCUUGAGCGAGGUCGAAGACGCCCCGGAUUUCGAGGGUAUAACGGACGACAAGAUGGAGGAGUUCGCUAAACAGCGGCAGGAAGUCUUAUUGAAGAUGAUCAGCAGAGAAGACGGUCUUCUCAAACCCAGGUUCCUAGACAUGUUUGACGAGAUGGUAGAAGCAGGUAUUAUACCACGCCACAGCAAGGGAGAUUCGACUUAAUAUUCUAAUAGCAGUGAUGUAUGCACAAGAUUCUUGUCUUAGUCCAAUUCUCUUCAACAUUUAUGUGAAUGACCUUCCUCAACCAGAGUUUAAUGAUACAAUUAUAACGCAGUUUGCAGAUGAUGUUAUCCAUGUCGUCUCAUCAACUCCGGUAACAGGAAAAUACAAGUAUGAGAGAGUCAUAGAAGAAAUGAAUAUAGAACUUCGUCGAAAAUCUAAUUGGGAAAAGAAAUGGAGAAUUACAACUAACCCUGACAAAGUCCUUGUUAGCACGAUAGGAUGUUUUGCAUCAACCAUCGAAGAUAAAGGGGGUAUCUCCAUCAGAGGUACACCUGUAGCCAUUAGAAACCCUAACAAGAUCUUGGGAUAUGAAAUAGACAGGCUGCUCCACUCAACAUCUCAUGUAAAUAAAAAGAUCAACAUAGCCAAAGCCGGUCUUAGCAGUCUCUUUAGAUUCAAUCAAGCCCCUCCACAUGUCAAAAAACAUCUGUAUAAAAUGAUAAUAAGACCUAUACUCGAAUACCCGUGUCCCAAUGUCAUUAACAACAAAGACCAACAUGCUACGGUUGCAACGGGUCCAGAAUAGAGCUCUUCGCUUCAUUGCGGGUACCAGGAGGAGAGACAGAGUUAAAAUGGCAGAUUUACACGUACAACUAGAUAUUACUGCCUUAAAUGUACGCCUCGACACCCUGAAAAAGAAACAACUCUAUGCAAUGCAAGAACUCUACAUGCCAGAUAGAGAACAUCCUCUACAAAUUGAAAAUACCACGGAUUAUAUCAUCAAUACUCCUCCUCACAGGACUCAAAGAAUGACUCUCCCACAGAGGGUCCGUCGUUUUAUCCAUAAAGAUGAUUACCAUCGACCAAUGAUACUGAGCAACCUCCUUGCAGAUGAAGAUGAUUGGGUAACACCAGAACCCUUCUAUGUUUACUAAGAAAAUCAUCGCCCCCAAUUAGGGAGAUAUCUUGUACAACAUUCUACUGUUAAAAUUAUGCUACAUUUACUAUGGCGGGACACCACCUUGUAAGAAGCUGAUGUGAAAAGUAAUUCUUUAUGAACUGGCCAGGAAAUUAUUGCCUUCAUUGUCGCUUAAAUAUCCGUUGUGCAAUCGCAAAAAAAAGGCAGUUGCAACUUGUAUAUUUACUACCAAUUCAUGUACUUAUAUAUCUGUUAUAUCUAUGUGACUCUGAUGGGUUAGUAUUAUACCCCUUCAAGAAUAUUUUAUUAUUCCACAUACACUUUUUAAAUUACACCAAAGUGGUUGGGCCACUUACCUUUUAUAUCCUACCUCUCUCCCCCUCUCUCAUCCUUUUCCAAUAUUUCUAUCCUUACCCAUCCUUCUUCCUUGGAAACCCAUCUUACCAAAGCUCUGGUCAAGAAGUGAAGUGAAGUGAUGUAUGUACGUCACAAAUUACUGUAAAUUGUAUGUCAAGGCCUUGCUUCAUUAAACAGAUAAUUAUUUGUAUGUAAAUAUUCCUUUUACUAAAUGUAUAGCUUUUAAUACAGAUGUUUUAUAAUUAAAUUGUAUCAAAUAUAUUUUAAGAAGAAAUUGCUUAUGUGCCUAAUUUUACUAGACAUGUCAGAAAAGGAAUGCGCUCCAAAAGGUCUGUAUCUCUCAUUGUAUAUGAACUGAAAUAUGACUAAUCAAUAUUUUAGGGGAUUAAAAACAUUCUUGAUUGGCAAUGUAGCAGUGAAACAGCCUUGAAGACACGCUGCGCAACUAGUGAAACGUCCGUAUAAAAACUUGCUUACAGCGUGUCUUUGUAUUGUUGUCAGUACAUCAGUUAGAUCAGCAGUGUAGUCUUGCUGAUCCCUCUUAUGGUUGAUAGGCUUUAAACCUAACAAUUCGACCAUCUGCCAGCUUAGUUAAGCCAAAGCAAGCGGCUGCAAGGUAGACUUGGAUGAGCUACGGUGAGGAAAUACCACAUAUGUGUAAGGAAUACCGAGUACUCAUAGUCCCGUGGGAAUGACUACACCUCACUAGGUUGAAUCCCAAGUGAACGGAACCUAUGGAAAAAAACUUGUAAACUGAUUGUACUUUUUCCUUUAGCAUUAAAUAAGUACCUGGGGUCAGGGCCUAUGAGAGAAAGGGGUGGGGUAAGCCGGCACAUUAAUGACGAUUUUGCAGCAGAAAUGCAACAUUUAUCAUUAAGUACAUAAAGCAAAUUGUGGAAAACCAGAAGUGAAAGCUUUAGAACUGCUAAAUAUAUUAACAGACUACAAACUUUGUGAGAUAUUUCCAAAUGUUUGUGUUAGUUUGAGAAUAUUGUUGACAAUUCCAGCUACAGUAGCGUCAGCAGAAAAAAUUUUGCCCAACUCAACAUACCCAAAACUUUUAAAGGUUAACUGUGUCCAACCCAACUUACUGGUUUAGUAAGACUGAGUAUUGAAUCAAACAUUACCAGAGAAACUGAUUUUGAUAGUGUUAUCAUAAAUUUUGCAGACAAAAAAGCCAGGAAAGCUCAUUUCACUAAGCAGUCUAGUAAUAUUAAACUUUUAAGAAUUUAUUUUACUUUUAAAGAACAUAUUAAACGUUUAAUAAAUAAAAAAUUAGGCACUUGUAUAGUUAUAGGUCAACAAAAGUUUUCAAAAUCUAUGAAGUAUAUGUUAUCUGGUCAUUCUCCUGCUCAGAAAAUAAAGCAUUUAUGAAACUUUA